AUAAGCCCAAAAAUAAAGAGAAACAUAUUUCACAACGCGGAAGCUACCAACCAAUUCCCCAAUUCGCUUCUUUGCGUGCGGUUUGAUCUCGUCCACGGUUCCGCGAAAAAUCGGUCGUCGAAUCUGAUGGCGGCUACCUCCGGGAACAAGAUCCGCAACGCCAAACUGGUUCUUCUUGGUGAUGUGGGUGCUGGAAAAUCCAGCUUGGUGCUUCGGUUUGUAAAAGGACAAUUUGUUGAAUUCCAAGAAUCGACAAUUGGAGCGGCUUUCUUCUCACAAACCUUGGCGGUUAAUGACGAGACUGUGAAGUUCGAAAUUUGGGAUACUGCUGGGCAGGAGAGGUAUCAUAGCUUGGCUCCCAUGUACUACAGGGGUGCUGCCGCCGCCAUAGUUGUCUAUGAUAUCUCGAAUCAGGCAUCCUUCACCCGUGCAAAGAAAUGGGUUCAAGAACUUCAAGCCCAAGGAAACCAGAAUACAGUAGUGGCUCUUGCUGGCAACAAAGCGGAUUUGGUAGAGACUAGGCAGGUGCAGAUAGAGGAAGCCAAGACAUAUGCGCAGGAGAACGGCCUCUUCUUCAUGGAAACAUCUGCUAAAACUGCAACCAAUGUGAAUGACAUAUUUUAUGAGAUUGCAAAGAGAUUGCUUCAAGGGCAGGCGGCUCAGAACCCGCAGGCAGGGAUGAUUCUCUCCCAGAGACCCAACGAGAGAGUGGUUAGCGCGUCUUCAUGCUGCUCCUGAAGAAUAGUCGUGGCUACCUCCAGUAUGAGAUCCUAGGAGAAGAAUUCGACAAACUAUCCUGAAAGCGCGUCUCGAUCGCUUUCAUUCUCGCAUUUGUCAUGUAAAUGCCCAUACUAGAAUACCAUUGCAGACUUGCAAAUGAAAUAGUUGUCCAAGUGUUGAUUGAA